AGCAGAUUCGUACACAAGCAGACCCUCAGACUCUGAUGUCUCUUUGGAAGAAGAUAGAGAAGCAAUCCGCCAAGAGAGAGAACAGCAAGCAGCUAUACAACUUGAAAGGGCAAAGUCCAAACCAGUAGCAUUUGCUGUUAAGACUAAUGUGAGUUACUGUGGAGCGCUGGAUGAAGAUGUUCCUGUCCCAAGCACUGCCAUCUCUUUUGAUGCCAAGGACUUCUUACACAUUAAAGAGAAAUAUAAUAACGACUGGUGGAUAGGAAGGCUGGUGAAGGAGGGCUGCGAGAUUGGCUUCAUUCCAAGCCCACUUAGACUGGAGAACAUCCGCAUUCAACAGGAGCAGAAGAGAGGACGUUUCCAUGGAGGGAAAUCAAGUGGAAAUUCUUCUUCAAGUCUGGGAGAGAUGGUUUCUGGCACAUUUCGAGCCACACCCACUUCCACGGCAAAACAGAAACAAAAAGUGACAGAACACAUUCCCCCAUAUGAUGUCGUACCAUCGAUGAGACCUGUUGUCUUGGUGGGUCCAUCACUGAAAGGCUAUGAGGUGACAGACAUGAUGCAGAAAGCUCUCUUUGACUUCCUGAAGCACAGGUUUGAUGGGAGGAUAUCAAUAACUAGAGUGACAGCUGACAUUUCUCUUGCUAAGAGGUCUGUUCUAAAUAAUCCAAGCAAGAGGGCAAUAAUUGAGCGGUCAAAUACAAGAUCCAGUUUAGCUGAAGUUCAGAGUGAAAUUGAAAGAAUCUUUGAGCUGGCAAGGUCUUUACAACUGGUUGUCCUGGACGCAGACACUAUCAAUCACCCUGCACAACUUAUCAAGACAUCUUUAGCACCAAUUAUUGUCCACGUUAAAGUGUCUUCUCCAAAGGUUUUGCAGCGACUGAUUAAAUCUAGAGGAAAGUCACAAAGUAAACACUUGAAUGUUCAGUUGGUGGCAGCUGAUAAACUUGCACAAUGCCCACCAGAAAUGUUUGAUGUAAUUUUGGAUGAAAAUCAGCUUGAAGAUGCUUGCGAACACUUGGCAGAAUAUCUGGAGGCAUACUGGCGUGCUACUCACACCACCAGUAGCACACCCAUGACUCCUCUCCUGGGGCGAAAUUUAGGAUCCACUGCACUUUCACCAUAUCCCGCUGCAAUCUCUGGAUUACAGGGAUAGCUCAAAAACGGCUGAACUUUGAAACUUCAAACGUGGCAUGUAAAUAGUCCUUAAUGAGAAGUACGUGCUUUACUAAGUUUGAAAAUGGCAAAUGUUUUUGAUUCGUAGUUAUGAAUGCUUGAGAAGAUCAGGACUGCAGCGAACUUUUGAGUCUGAAAGUUCCACAAGUUCUGUAUGGGUGUGACUUUGUAGGAGCGGUGCGCUUUCUGAUGUAUGUCGAAAGUUCGAGUUGAGCAGAUGACAUGUAAUGAAUAAUUCACCUGACAGAUUUAACCUCUGUUCUGCUUGUAGAGUAUCUGGAAGCAGGUAACAGUGUUGAAGGAAAUGAUGCGUUGUUCAGUGUUUUCAGUUAACGUAAAGCUGUCUUUUCUGUGAGUGACUUGCACUUCACGGAUACUCGAUCCUCACAUUCCUAAUGCUUGAUUUUAUUAGGAUCAGUAAGUCACUGUCUCCUGACUGGCUGAAUGCACAAGCUCUGUUCUGUUCACUGAUAACAUGCACAUGU